UCUCGUCGAUUGUGUAGGGCUAAGGUGUAUGGCGGCUUGCCCUUUGGCAAGAAGAUGUCUGAAUCGAGGUGAAAAUAAAGAAAUGAGAAGAGGAAGGGAAGAGUGUUCUUAAGUAACGAAGUCACUUAUUCACCGAGUUCUAUGACAAGUGAGAGGAGACUAGGGAAAGUGACUAAUGGUUUGUGGUGCUGUAGAAUCGAGGAAGAACGGAAGAGCAGCGUAGCCAUAGUAUAUAUAUAUAUGUAGAAUCUUGAAAAUGCAGGCUCUGUUGCUCUCUGGCUCUUUUUUCAACGACGGGUUGGGUGCAUUGCUUCGGAAUGACGGUGUCUCAAAGAGCAAUCCUAGCCACGGGUCCCUGUAUGGAGGACGAAAGCCCAGAAACCCUCAAUCAGGCGAGAAGUCUUCCAACUGCAUAGAAUCCGUCGGCAGGAAAGCAAGCACGAUGCACGUACCCGGAUUGCGGUCGACGGAUCAUUAAUGGGAAGUGGAGAUGAAAUUGAAGUGAUUCAGACAGGGGACAAGGGGGUGGGAUGAAGAGGGACGGAGAACGCAUGCGAUCGAAGCAGAGGAAGGAAGUCGAAUCUAGAUGAGAGAAGCCAGAGACGUCCGAUGCAAGCUGUACAUCCAGUACAUCCAGGACAUAUCAUCUAUGCAAGAUCUCAAAUCGAUCGAGAAGAAUAGAAGAAGGA